AUGAAAGGCUUUAUAGCUAGAUCAUGUCUUGACUAUCUGGAACAUGGGAUGUUGGAGAGCGACUUCUACUGCCUUUUUGACUACAAAGACCGACGAUAUGUGGCUUACUGUGACCUCUCAUCUGAGCCAGGUUCAGCCUGGACGCUAGUCAUGUCCUGGAACAGAAGGAUUUGCCCCAGUUUCAAAGGAAGUCAUUUUUAGACGACGUCCCUAUCAACCAUAACACCCCAAACUGGUACUCCUACCGCCAAACACUGGAACGAAUAAAAAACAUUCGUCGCCGCUCCUCUCACUGGCGUGCAACCUGCAGCUUCAACAGCAAGGAAGUCAUUGAUUACAGAGAUUACAUGAGGGGAAAGUUCAGCGACUUCGACAUCAUGACAUUUCUUGGAGAUGGAAAAUGUCAACCUGUGGAAUAUGUAAAUAUCCGUGGGCAUGCUGCUGGAAGUGGUACAACAGCACAGUUUUGGCAAAUGUUGAACUCCUACAUUUUGCAUAUCAACAGCGAGUCCACAGGCUGUGGUUUCAAGCCUAAUAUUGGAGCCAUUCCAAGUGAAGACAACUUUGGCUUCUAUGGCAGUCCCAAUAGCAACUUUUGGUGCACCGCAAGUGAUGAUUCAACAACCCAGUGGUGGUUUGGUGGAUAUUUGGCUAAAGCUUGA